AUGGCUAUUUGGUACAAGUUGUUGUUUGUUGUUAACAUUGUGAGCAAGUUUCUUCAAAGUGAAGACAUGUGCAUAUACUUUGCUAUCGAGAAGUUAAAAGGCCUGAUUGAUUAUUUUGAGAACUACAGAAAAUUUGGUUUUGCGGAGGCAAUGGUUGAUGCUACGGAAAUGGCGAAUGAAAUGGGGAUUGAACCUAAGUUUGUUGAAAAGCGCAUCAUUCAAAGAAAGAAGCAAUUUGAUGAAGAUGUUGCGGACGAGGUGACACACUCUGCUGAAGAAUCAAUGAAAGUGAAUUACUUCUUGGUAAUUGUGGAUAAAGCUCUUUCUUCCUUCAAAGAUAGGUUCCAACAAUUUGAAGUGUAUGAGAAUAAUUUUGGUUUCUUGUUUGAUUUGGAAAAGGCGAGUUCGAGUGAUGAAUGCUUGAAAAAUCAUUGUACCAACCUUGAAGAAGUUUUAAAGCAUGGCGGGGUUUCCGAUAUUGAUGGGAGAGAUUUGUUUGUAGAGUUGAAAUGCUUGAAACAAGUAUUGCCAAGGGGAGUGCAGAAACCAAUUGAAGUGCCCAAUUUUAUCAAACUUAUGGCGGACUCUUUCCCAAAUACAUGGAAUGCGUAUAGAGUGCUUUUGACUAUACCGGUUAGUGUUGCCUCGGGAGAAAGAAGCUUUUCAAAGUUGAAGUUGAUCAAAAAUUACCUUCGAUCAACCAUGUCACAAGAAAGACUAAAUGGGUUAGCCAUGUUAUCAAUUGAAAAUGACUUGGUGAAAGAGGUGGAUUAUACUAAUUUAAUUGAUAGUUUUGCUUCUAGAAAUGCAAGACGAGUAAUAUUCAAGUGA